AUGUUGUUUUCAUUCUCCGUCAUUGGUUGUGCUAUCCUUGCCCCAUCCUUCCUCUUUGUAGCAUCAAGCCCAAGUCCUCAAACGUCAUCUGAACAAUCUUCAAUGAACAGUAUGGGAAACAGCACAUCUUCAAAUGUCUCAACAAAACACCAGGCCCAUCAAAGCUCCCUGGCAAAUACAGAUGGUGACGAAACAGAUCAUGGAAUCUCGUAUGACAACAAUGCAACUCAUUCCUCACCCGGGACAGUGGGACGUGCUGUAUCGAAUGAAAGGGUUUUAGCUACCAUCAAAGGAGGUCGCAGUGCUGUAGGAGCUCGCGGUGGAGCUCGUGGUGGAGCUUAUCGUUCUGAUGCUCAUCUACCUAUUCCCAUGGCUGGAUGGGCUCUUCUAUCUGUAGUUGCUGGUAUAUCAAGUCUUGUUCUGUAG